CGCUUCUUCAAUUUAGUUCAUUUGAUUCGAAAGAUCGCGUCACUGGUUAUCUUCUUCCUCUCAAGUCUCAACACUACUGAAAACUUCACAUUGCAUCUCUUACCCAUUCAAAAUUCCUCGUAAUAUAAUAAUUUCAAAUGGGUUUAUGGUUCUAAGCAUCAUAGUCUUCCUCUUCUACCCAAAUGUCGUUGUGAAAUUUUGACUUCAAAGCUUCUCGCUUUGUCUCUUCCAGCUUCUUUUUAUUGCUCAAUUUUGUUCCUUUUCUUGAUCUCUCAUGGCGAUCACUACCUUCCCAUCUCCGAAUUUACCAUUUUACCCUUCAACCAAACUCGUCCCUAGUCGACUCACUCUCUCCUCCUCCUCCUCCAUUUGCUGUCUCUCCGUAGACCGACGAAUCAACAAUCCUUCCACCGCCUCCGCCGCAAAGAACGACGAAAUCUCCGGCUUACGAGUCGUAAUAUCCGCCGGCGGCACCGCCGGACACAUCUCGUCGGCACUCGCGAUCGGCGACGAGUUAAAAUCCGCCGACCCACUCGCUCGGAUACUCUUCAUCGGAUUCCCAAACAGCAUGGAAAGCACGACGAUACCAUCCGCCGGAUUCGAUUUCUCCGAAAUACCAACCGUCGGAUCAUCAUCUUCCCGGCCAUUCAUCUGCCUCACCUCCUUCCUCCGUUUCCCUCUCCGUCUAAUCCAAUCCACCUUCGAAUCCUACAAAAUCCUCCGCAAAUUCAAACCCCAAAUCGUCGUCGGCACCGGAGGACACGCCUCCUUCCCGGUAUGUUUCGCCGCCGUAAUCAUGAGACUCAAACUCGUGAUCCAGGAACAAGACUCGAUCCCUGGAACCACGAAUUGGAUUCUCUCUUUCUUCGCCGACACAAUCUUCGCUCCUUUCAACUGCACAGUCACCAACCUCCCUAAGAGAGCCGCCGCCAAGUGCGUCGUCUAUGGGAAUCCGAUCAGACAAGCGUUGAGACGGUACGCGUCGAAAGGAGCGGCGCGUGUGAGCUUCUUCGGACAGUGGGCAGGAGCUGUGUCGGAAGCUAAAGUUGUGCUUGUGCUUGGUGGGUCUUUAGGAGCAAACGCUAUUAAUAUAGCUUUGCUCAACUGUUACUCACAGAUGUUGUCUGAACAUGAGAACUGGUUUUUCGUUUGGCAAACUGGUGUUGAAGCUUUUGAUGAAAUGGAUAGUCUUGUUAGAAGCCAUCCUCGUCUCUUUCUAUCUCCGUUCUUGCGUACUAUAGGCGUAGCUUAUGCGGCUGCAGAUUUGGUUAUCUCGAGAGCCGGUGCCAUGACGUGCUCAGAGAUCAUGGCUUUAGGCAAACCUUCUAUUCUGAUACCAUCACCACAUAGCGAUGAAGGGGAUCAAGUUAGGAAUGCUUCUUUAAUGGCGGACAUUGUUGGCUCAAAGUUAAUAACAGAGGAGGAGCUAGAUUCGAUUACUCUUCGAGCUGCCGUGGAAGAUAUUAUAGGGAAUGAAGAACUGAUGACAGAAAUGAGCGAGCGGGCGUUCAAAGCUGCGAGACCUGACGCUGCAUCAGAUGUGGCUAAACACAUUAUUUCUAUCGUCAAUUCAAGAGGAAAGUAAGUAGAUUCUUCUGUCGUAUAUACUCUCUUCUGCCUCUUCAAGAGUUUUGAUUCAGUUUUCCAGCAGCUAGAGACCUCUCUAGAUCCAGCAACCUCCAAGUAGAACCUAACUAAGAAGAGUAAGUGUGCUACAAAUUACACGUGUUGUGAAACAAAGAUAUACGUGCAUGAUUUGAUGAGUCGUUGAAGAUUUUGAAUAGCUAUUGUUGGUUUUUGGUUGACCAAUUUGGCCUUGUGGAUCUUGAAAUGGAGAAAGUAUAAACAAUCUGAAACUUGGAUGGCCGCCGUUUUGCAAAUACAAGCAAUUUUCAGGAUCUCAGAAACCAGUAGCGUAUUUUCCUAUUGAAUCUUCACUUAUGGGUUAUAUGAUCUGAAUCAAAAACUUUUCCUUUGUAUAUUUUUUUUC